UUUAGUGUUUAGUCGCGUCUAGAAAUCAAUAUUUUAUUUAAAUUAUAAGUGUUUUAAAUGAUAUAUAUUUUUUAAAGUAAAUAAUUUACAAAAAUACCUACCCAUAAUUUAUCAAUAUUUGUUCCAAAGAAUAAAAUAAAUACAUUUGAAUUUUGAAUUUGAAUUUGAUAUCUAGGUACAGGUAGUGAUAAGAGGUUUUAAAAGUGAAUAGGUAUAUCCAAAGCUAAAUUUUGUGAUGAGAAAUAUAAACACACGGACAAAACAUAACAGAAUAUUGUCUGAGUGCGAUUAUUUUAAUGUAACCAAGCAAAAUAACAGCUUAGUUUUGUCUUGGUUAUUAUAUAUUUAGAUAAGCUUCCAAUAAGGUGCCACAUACCGCAAAUGGAAGGAUAAACUACGGGGAACAAUGACGAAUAAUUGGUGCAACUUGGAAUCGCAAUGGGAACAAUUCUCAGCGCACAAUGUGUUUUUCUGUUGCCGUAAGAUACGCGUAUCUGAGGUUAGUCGGCCGGUUUCUAUUUAAAAAAAAAUCGGUGAAAAAGUAUAAGAAAUUUGGCGGGAAAAAGAAACUUAAAGUGUCAUGGCGGCGGCUCAAGCGGUGAUAUUGUGGUUUAUUCUAGCGUGUUACUCGGAUGCCCAGACGUUAUUUGAGAGAACUGAAGAAGCUUACAACACCACUGGCAUUUGCCAGAGGAUGGCGUGCAACACUCUGGAGAAACUGAAGCAGUUGGAGAAUUGUGUGGUGAUCCUAGGAGACCUCCAGAUUACUCUAAUGGAGAGGACGGAGAAGAAAGACUUUGAGAAAAUGAUUUUUAAGAAUCUUAGAGAGGUGACAGGCUUCGUGAUAUUCUACCGGGUGAAGGGCCUGGAGUCUUUGGGACAGUUGUUUCCGAAUCUGGCCAGGAUUCGCGGAGAUCAGGUCUUCAAUGACUUCAGUCUGAUCGUUUAUGACAUGGAACAUCUGAAAGAGGUAGGACUGUACAACCUGCUAAAAAUCGACAGGGGAGGAGUCAUAGUAUGGUUGGUUCCUCUAGCAUGCUUCGUGACUACCGUGAAUUGGAAAGCUAUAGCUCCAAUGGCGAGAAGAGUUCUCAGUCCUUCUGAAGGGACCAUGCACUGUACAUCUAACUGUCGGUGCACGAACGAGAUGGAUACGAACAAAUGUUGGAAUACAAGAAAGUGCCAACGUUACUACGAAGGACCUGAAGCCGAGCGCUGCAACGAGCAGUGCUUCGGCUGUAGGAUAGCUAAUCCGAACCAGUGUUUGCUCUGCCGUCAUUAUACUUACAAGCACGAAUGUGUCGCCAAAUGUCCUGAUGACACGAUAGUUUUACCAGUGAAUAAAUACUGUUUAUCAGUAAAAGAAUGUGAAGGGCUAGGGGGCUGGCAGUGGAACAACACGUGUAUAUUUGAAUGUCCAAUCGAUUUUGCAAAGCACACUUUCUCAAACGGAAGUAUUACUUGUGUACUUUGUGUGAAUUGUAACGUGAUAUGUAAGAGCCUUCUUAUACAAUCCACAAGUUCUAUUGAGGCUGCAAAGAGAUGUGUGUACAUUAACGGCUCUUUGAGAAUACACAUUAGAUCAGUCCCAGAAGCUAUGGAGGAAUUGAGAGCCUUUCUGAGCAGAAUUCAAAACGUUACGGAUUAUAUAGAAAUUCAUGGAUCUGUUAUAAUAACUUCUUUGGAUUUCCUCUCAUCAUUGAAGUACAUUGGAGGCCAAAAAUUAUAUAAUAAUAAAUAUAGUCUAGUUGUACACGACAUGGUUAACCUACAAACGCUGUUUACAACCAACGUCACAAAUAAUAUUAUUAUAGGAAAUGGGACUAUGAAUUUUUACAGAAAUCCAGUUUUGUGUUUAAAUGAAAUUGAUAAAUUAGUACCAAGAUUCCGUGAUAAACCUAGUGAGUGGGAUGUUGCCAAAGACACGAAUGGCUACAGUGGAGGAUGUGCUUUUGCUUCAGUUAAUCUUAAUGUUACAAUCUUAAAUGAAACAUCCGUUACAAUAAGUUUCCCGUCAUUAGAGGAACCUGACGUGCAUUACUCGGUAUUAUACAUACAUUUACCUUUAGGCUCCAAAAAGAUAUUUGUUCCUGAAACAUGCAGUGAAUCUGAAUGGCAUGCUAUAAAUGUAGAUGUCAAACCUAGAAAAUAUGGCUUGGUUAAUAUAACAACACUGCAUCCUGGAUCUAAAUACGCUCUUUGUGUAGAAACUUACGAACCAAAGCGCAACUAUAUUGCUAGAAGCACAAUAUACAAUUUCUCAACCCCUGUUGGCAAACCUGAACCGUCUUUCAUCUCAGAGUUAGUUGCAAAGAAUGAAGAAGUUGUAGUUAUACGCUGGGUUGAUCAUUUAGUAUAUAAACCGCACAUCGUGCGUUAUGAAUUAGACGUAUCUAUAAUUGAUAUUCAUCCUAAAGAUGUUGAUUCAAGAGAUCAUUGCAAAGAUAAUUUUGAAGAAAUCGAUGAUUUCAGACAUGCAGUCGUAUAUCGUCCUCCUGCGGAAUAUGAAAGAGGUUGUGAAUCUAUGUGUGGAGUGUUAUCAUCAUCUACUAAGGGCGCUUUAGUUGAAAAUUACUUCGAUGUUUGCAGUGAUCUUUCUGAUUUAGGAUGUAAUGUUGAAGAAUCGCCACCUCCUGCAAAUUCAUCAUUUGGAAAAUAUGUGAAAACAUUAUCUUUAAAUGUAAGUGCGACUAAAACCGAUUACCAAAUUGGAGAGUUGGCACCAUUUCGAGAUUACAGAUUUCGACUACGGGCUUGCACUCAUGAUACAUGCAGCAGAUCUGCUAAAGGCGUUGUAAGGACACUGCGUUCUGAAUAUGCAGAUAUUCCAACAGUGGUAUACGCUAUUGCCAAUGAAUUUGGCUACAUAUCUCUUUCUUGGAGACCACCAGAUUUAGUAAAUGGGCCAGUUUUAGCUUACAUUAUUGAAGUGAUACCGUCAAUAAAAGUGAACGAGAUAGCACAUUUGGUGCCGCGUACUUGGUGCGUGCGUCCAGACCAAUCUAGUAUUAUUGUGAAAUAUUUAGUUUACAAAAAGUAUGUGAUAAGAGUGUGUUCAACAACUUUAGCGUCAGAAAGGGCAUGUGGGGAAUAUGUGUCUGUUGUUGUAUCUACAGAGUAUGUUAAGAACUGGGCUUGGGUUGCGUUAGUUUUCGGUUUGUUACUAUUCACUGCUUCAGUAGUGGCUGGAAGGUACUGGAAGAGAAAGAAACGGGUCGAUGAUAUGAUUCCUUUGGUGGAAAAUGUGUAUAAUGAGUGCACAACUCCAAGCGUUAUGUCGGAGUUCAUUCCUUUCUACUCGGUAUUAGUAAACGAAAACACAUUUGAAGAGUGCCAUUUAAUUAGGUGAUAUUAUUGUUAAGUAAAAAGCAAUAAAGUAAUUUUAUAUUUC